CAUACUCUGGAAAUAUGUUGCAGAUGUUUUUCCCGUCUCGUUCCUGGGACUUGCAGAAGGAGCUGUUCGGCUCUGCGGGAACAGAUCGGGAAGGCAUCUCCCAAGCGGCUGAUCUCCUUGGAGCAUGCCCAGUAAGAGCCUUGACCCGGGGUCCAGCAUCCCCUUUGCAGUAAGGGGCUGCCUCUAAGGGACCCUGGGAGAGGUUGGCCAUCAGCUGUGCAGUCUUCGCCUCCGGUGGAAGGAGGAAAACGGGGGUCUUCUCCAAGGCAGGAGGAGUUGCUCAGCGUGAGCCAAGAACUCCAUGCUUGGGGUGGGAAGGCAUUGUGAAAAAUGCUUGCCUGCCAGGCCCGGGAGAAACUGUGGGAUGUCGCGCAGGAGAGCUUAGAGCAACAGCUGCAGUCCUACGUCACCUGGGUGAAUUCACAGCUAAAGAAGAAGCCAGAAAUUCAACCGGUGCAGGAUUUGAGACGCGACCUCCGCGAUGGCGUGGUCCUUGCAUCCCUCAUUGAGAUCGUAGCUGGAGAGAAACUCAGUGCUGUGGAGGAAUCGCCCACCAACCAGCAGGCCAUGAAGGAGAACGUGGAAAAAGUCCUACAAUUCGUGGCCUCCAAGAAGAUCCGCAUGCACCAGAUCUCGGCUCAAGAUAUCGUGGACGGGAAUCUGAAAUGCAUCAUGAGGUUGGUCCUUGCGCUGGCCGCUCACUUUAAGCCUGGAUCCGGCAAAAUCCCUUCACCAGGAACCGUGGAGGAGAUCCAGGGGGCAAGCAGAAUCUUCCUGGCCCAUCACAGGCCUCGCUCGGCCAUGGCUGUUGCCCAGGAGGCGGUGGCUGCCCUGGCAGAGGUCCGCCAGGAUGUCUCGGGCGUGGGGCAUGAUGCCUUCCAGCCACACCCCAGAAACAGCCACCUGCACGGAGAGAUCGAGCGGCCGCACUGGAGCGUCCGAGCGCUCGUCCAGCAGUACGAAGGCCAGCAGAGCAGCGGCCCUUCAGAGUCCUCUUUCUCCAGCCUCACCUCUCCUAGCCCCAUCAACAGUGCGAAGAGUGAAUCGGGGAGCACCCCUUCCGAGGAGAAGGCAGGGUUUGACCUGGGCCAUGACGAAGAAGACGGAGACGAAAAAGCAGGAACAAGAGCAGAAACCUGGAGCCACGCUUUUCCUGAGUUAGACCACAGAUAUGUUGUUUCCCAUGUGGAAGAAAAUGGCGGCCGGCUGCCCGUUGAAUGGUCCCCAAAGUGUCCUGUCCCGAGUCUGGAGACUUCGUGGGAGGAACAUCUCCUGGAACAGCAGGAUCACUUGGAGAAAGAAAUGGAAGAAGCUAAAAGGAUGAUCUCUGGAUUGCAGGCGCUGCUGCUGAACGGAUCCCUUCCCGAGGACCAGCAGGAAUGGUCGCUGGUCCUAUGCGAGCAGGAAGCCUGUCCGGAAGAGCAGCUGGUCAUCAUCCGCAGCCGCCUGGAUCAGAGUCUGGAGGAGAACCAGGAGCUGAAGAAGGAACUGCAGAAAUGCAAGCAGGAAAGCCGAAACCUGCAGGGAAUCAAGGAUGCUUUGCAGCAGCGGCUGACCCAGCAAGACACCCUGAUGCUUCAGAUAAAACAGGAGCUGCUGAGAGCAAAUAUGGACAAGGAGGAAUUGCUCAGCCAAAAUGCUGAUCUCCAGAGGAAGGUGGAAGAGCGGAACCGGCUUCUAGCAGAGUACAAGAAAGAGCUAAGCCAGAAGGACCGGCUCCUACACCAGCACCAGGCCAAGAUGGAGGAGAUGCUGCACCAGCUCUCCGAGGCCGGAUAUCAGCAGGCCGAGUUGGAACGGGAGCUGCAGCACAAGGAGGCUCUGCUGGCUCGCUGCCUGAAGAAGGACGUGGAAGAGCAGGUGAUCCUCUACGCCAACCACAACGCCCAGAGCAACGGCUUCCUCCAGUCCUUGGGGAAAGGAACAUCGUCCUCAACGCACAGAGGGACCAGCGACCUGCAGCUGGUGCGCGAGGCCCUGCGCAGUUUGCGGAACAGCUUCAGCGGCCACGAUCCCCAGCACCACACCAUUGACAGCCUGGAGCAGGGCAUCUCCAGCUUGAUGGAGAGGCUGCACCGCAUGGAGGUGCAGAAGAGGCAGGAGAAGAGGAUCCGAGGGAAGUCACCUGCAGGCCAUGCAGGGAAUGAAUACCGGGAAUCUUGGCCUUCCAACUCCAAACUGCCUCAUUCUCACAGCACGCCAGCCGUGAGCAACAGCGCCUGUACCAAAGUGCUGUACUUCACCGAUCGCUCUCUCACCCCCUUCAUGGUCAGCAUUCCAAAGAGAUUAGGGGAAGUGACGCUAAAGGACUUCAAAUCAGCUAUCGAUCGGGAUGGGACACACCGGUACCACUUCAAAGCUCUGGAUCCAGAGUUUGGGACGGUCAAAGAGGAGGUUUUCCAUGAUGAUGAUAUCAUUCCUGGAUGGGAGGGAAAAAUUGUGGCUUGGGUGGAAGAGGACCACGGAGAGAACUAAAAUCUUCGCUGUUGGCUGCUGGGUGUGCCAGAUACUUACCAAAAAAACAACAACAACCCCUCACACAAAUGUUGAUACGUGUGAUUUAAACUGCCAAAAGAAAGGAACCAUGAUGAACUUUGGCUUCAAGGAAGGAUAUCCAGCACGUUACAACCAAAUACGGCCCCUUUCACCCGUUCCAACGCACGGCCUCUCUAUUCGGGCAGGGAUGGCCCCAAAAGAUGUGACUUCCUGCUGCUUUUGAUCAUUUGGAGAAGGUCAGUCAACGAUGGACAGUAUUACCACGAGAUUUGCACGUUCGUGUGAUGGCCAAAUCUAGGAACUCUUUUUUCCAGCACCGUUGUAGCUCUUGCCAGCCAAUUUUUUCCCCCAAGGAACUCUGUGCCCGGGGCCACAUCAGGCACCAGCAAGAUCUCCUCUAGAGAUCCAGUGGUUUGUGGUCCAGAUCAAAGAAGAUCCCAAUCAACAGCAUUGUGUUGGAAGGGGCCAGGAUUGUUUCUGAUUGUUUCCUUUUAUUGCUUUGCAUUCCGGUCUCGGAAACUGUCCUUACUUUAUUUGAGGGUCUUGUUACCCGUUGCUUCACUGUCCAGGUUCCCCUUUGCCCGGGAAAAAGACCCCAGGCUCCCAAUCUGUGCUUUUCCAGGGUUGUGUUGGCACCACACAAUCUCCUUUGCCCUACUUUCCCUCUGGAUGCUCUUUAAUUAAUUCAUCGCCAGCAGCCUCGGAGGGGAAAGCUGACCUCUCUGGUUUCCUCAGAGCUUGGUCUGAAUUCGGCAUUGAUCUUUCCACUCAGUGGCUAAUUCCAGCCUGCCUUACCGGGCGAGUGGGGUCGCUAAGAGAAGGGGUGUGAGAUAAACUUCCACAAAACAUUGCAGCAAGAUUUCUGGAUGGUCUGUGGGCAAAACUCCAGGCCCUUCGUCAUGGUCUGUAGCAUACUAUAAACUCCAGGGACUGUCAGGUGGUCUUUUUCCCCCGUUGUUCUGCUGGCUCUUCUGCUGACCACAAGGUCAAACCUGCCUUGUUUGGCCUCAAGCAGAAAUUAAUUUAGGCCCUCAAUGCUCACCCCUGUAUCUGAGCCAAAACUGGGGUGGGGGUGGGGGGCUCAGCCCAAUACAGACCACAAUGGUCUGCCAAACAGGUAGCUCAGCCUUUGGAAACUAGCCGGCUUGGUGAUUUUAGCUACUCUGGAAGUUGUAAGUAUAUUGCACCAGUCAGACUUCAAACAUAAACAGGACAGAUGUGUAAACUUUACAGACAAGUGAGUUUGUGCAGAGGUUGGAGAUAAACACUCCAACGGAGUGAAUUACCGUAUUUUUCGGAGUAUAAGAUGCACUUCCCCCUUCCCAAAGGAGGCUGAAAAUUUGGGUGCCUCUUAACCUCCGAAUAUAGCCCUCCUCCCGCUCCCCACCCCUUCGGCCUCUGCGCACCCUUCUUCCUGGCUACAAAGAUUGCCACAGACAAUGGCUUCCGUUUUUGGGUUACGCACCUCGCGUUUUCAGCCUCGAAACACUCCGUUUUAGAGACAUUCAAGGCUGCGGGGAUCGCCAAAGUACAUCUCCGCCUCUGCGCAUUGUGUUUUCGGCCUCCGCGCAUUGCGUUUUAGGUCUGCACCGUUUUUGGUCUCUGUGCGUUGCAUUUUCAGGCAGCGAUCGGUGGCGAUGUCCUUUGGCGAUCCCCGCAGCCGCUCACAACCAGCAAACUAAUGUGUUGAAGCUGACUAGCUGAAUACCUGAAAGCAGAGGCAGAAUUUCCCCCCCCCCUAUUUUCCAAGACACCAGGCAUGAAGCAUUACCAAGGUAGGUGCAUCGACACCUGCCCACCCAUGCAGACGUCUGUCACAACAGGGUACUUUUUCCUUCUAACAUUCUCGUUGCGUUUUGUGCUCUAAAAUGCUGAAUUGGGAGUGGGAAGUAUUCCGCUUGCACACCUUGUGAAACCAAACAUCCUGGCCCUGUUUGAAUGAAAAAAUGGGUCCCAGUGAAAGCCAGCAUUAGCUCUGCUGUUCGCCGUUCCAUCUUUCCUAACGUUGCAACACCAGGAUCCAACGCCUCGUGGUUGCUAGCGUGCACCAGCCAUCGGGAAGGACUGUCCGUCCGUGUGUCCGUCCAUCUUCUGUGUCCCCCUCCUUACAGGAGGCUGAGGGUCAAAAGGAAAACGUGUCUUCGAUCAUUUUAUAGAUUUUCACACGUCUGUUGGGUAAACUUGUUCCUGUUUCUUGGAAUUACUUUGUAUUGCUUCACAUCGUUUGUCGAACAAGGACAGUGUGUAUAUUUUUAUACCAGCCGUGAGUGCUGUUUUUUUCCCCUGUAUAUUUCUGAAUAUUGUAUUUUAUCCGUAUUUCUAAGAAACGCAGAAAGGCUUCAUAGGGGCCUCUUGUUAAAAGCCAACCCACCUGGUUCCCAUAAUUAGCUUUAUUUUGUUAUGAAGGUCUAUCUUAAGUCCACAGUGAUCUUCUCUUUUACUUUUUGUUCGUUGCAGAUAGAUGAUUUGUGUGUUGUUGCUUGUCCUAUUGUGUCCUCUGUGUACAGACAGAACGGGCCUUUUGUGAGCCUGUAUUUGUAUCUGCAGUUACACUUCGAGUGUAUCCUAUUCUACAGGAGCUUUAAAGUUGGCCUUUGAGAGAACAGCGGAGGAAGAAAUGUCAUUCCUGUGGGGAAAAAACAACAACUUUUUUUUUGUGACUGGUUUGACCGUUGCAUGAAUUUAGAGGGUUGCAAAGAGAUUGCAUGGAAUUACGGUUACUUUAAAAAAAAAGAGUUUAUUUCAGCAAGAGAUGUGCUUUAAAGUUAAAAUUGUACAUUUUAAAAAAAAGAACAUAUUUUAUUUAAAUUUAAUUAAGACAUCUUUAUCACAAGGGCUUAUUGCCAGUCACGGGGGAAAAAAAAUAAGAGGUCAAAGAAGUAUAAGAGUGAUGUAUGACCGGUUUGGCAUCUUUUAUUUCCAUAAAAAUAAUCUCGUUUUUCUUUAACCUCAGUAUCUCUGAAUUUUGUCCCUGAAAUAAUAUAAACAAGUGUUGCAUU